AUGAUUCCAGUACACAUUGAAAGAGUUUGUAAGGUCAAGUAUCUAGGCUUCAAGAACCUGACAUAUGCUUUAAAGGAAACUGAUCAAAGAGAGUGGUUUCCACUGCCUGAGGUUGCAGUGCCAAUUCCACAAGUAUUUGAAGUCACUUUGAAUGCAUCUUAUGAAUCAAUGUGGCAAUAAAAAACAUGCAAUGAAACAGCACUAACUUUGUCAGCAAAAACUGGCUUUGUGGUAAAGGUGCAAAUGAUCCUGGAAAAGGGUGUUUAUCCCAAUACCAUAAAUUACAAGGAAAAAUAUUGGUUAUCAAUGCAAGAAGCUGCAAAACAGAGAUGCAAAGACAUUGUUGACAUUCUGAAGAAUUAUGGAGGUGUGAACAUUGAGGACAAAUAUUGAGUAACACCAUUAGGGGUUACAGCUGAAUGUGGUCACUGUGAUGUGCUGGAGCAUUUUAAUCAUAAUGAUAUAUGUCAAGAGGCCUUAGCAGAUGAUCGUGUACCAGUAUUGUUUCAAGCAGCUGGAGGACGUAGUCUAGACUGCAUAGGUCUGCAUUUGAAAUAUGGAGGAAGUGGCAAUGUGCCUGGUGAGGCAAGACUGCUUCCCAUACACAAAGUAGCCCUUUGUGGCUACUAUGAGGGGCAUUACCUGAAGUAUCUCAUUGCAACCACAUCCCAAACUUUAAUCCAGAAAAGUGGGUCAAGCACUGUUAAUUCUGCUGUAGACAGCCAGAACCAGUGUCUAGAGCUUGUCACUGAAAAGAGGUUGGAUGUCAACACUCUCUUGUCUGAACACAUAACUUCAAAUACUUAUGAUGAAAGAAGAGACACUGCACUUUGUUGUGCUGUUUCUAAUAAUGAGAUUCUUUGCACCAAAAUAUUGCUCAAAUCAGGUACAAAUCCAAACCAGGAUCCUUUAAACUGUGUUCUCGUAGCAGUGAGAGCUGACAGCCAUGGAAUUUUAAAGCUAUUCCUAUCUUAUGGAGCAGAUGUCAACUGCUAAUUUUGCUGCUUAAUGACACGCUUUCCCCAGUGCAUUUGGUAUUCUUUGAAUGGUGACAUGAUGCUGAGGCUGAUGCUCAGUCAUGGAUAUAAUGUGGAGAUGUGUUUGGAUUUUAUGUGUCAGGGUAUCUUUGGAAAUUCUUUUCUGUGGUCAGCUUCAGAGCUCAAGCCUAUUCCCAGUUGGACUAGUUCUUCAAUAAAUAAUAAACUAAUAAAUACAUACCUUCCUUGCUUCUCUUCACUUUGCUCUUUUCAUUAG